AUGGAUUCCAGUUUCGAAAAAAGAGUUGCCGAACUUAAAUCUAAAAUAAAAAGUUUUCCAAACUUUCCAAAGGAGGGAAUACUGUUUUGGGACAUUUUCUCAGCUAUUUCAGAUGGUCGCACGUGUAAAUUGCUUCAAGGAUUAUUAGUUGAUGUUAUAAAAGAAAAGUUUCCAGACGUAGAAGCGAUAGUAGGCGUUGAGUCAAGAGGAUUCUUAUUUUCAUUCUCACUCAGCGCUGAACUCGGCGUCGGUUGUUUGCCAGUCAGAAAAAAAGGAAAGUUACCCGGUGAAGUUAUAUCACAUAAAUAUGAACUGGAAUAUGGAUCUGAUAUUUUAGAAGUUCAGAAAGAUGCUGUUCGUCCUGGACUGAAAUGUCUCAUUAUUGACGACCUCAUGGCUACUGGAGGAUCAAUCAAGGCAGCGACAACACUUCUAAAGAAAUGUGGGGCCGAUGUUGUUGGAUGUUUAGUUGUUAUAGAACUAUUGUCUUUAAAUGGAAGAAAGAAUAAUCCUGAUAUAAAUGUACAUUCCCUGAUAACAUACGAUUAA